CCCAAUAUCAACUCAAACCCUAAUUCCUCUCUCCAAAUCCCACCACCUCCACCAGUCCACCUCCAAGAGCCGCCUCCUACUCUGGCGACCCUGCGCCUCUCCCUCGCUCUCCGCCUCCGCCUCCGCCUCCGCCUCCAAGCUGACGCCAAGUCCCGCUUCGCCUCCUCCGCAGCGUCCCGCUCCAACGCCGCGCCUACUAGAUCUCAGAUUUUUUGGAUCUCAGAUUUCCCGUCGGCUUAGGGUUUACAUCUCAGAUUUUUCGCUCUCUGAUCCGGGCUGGCUGGUUCUUCUCCACAUCUUAAGCUGGUGCAAGAGCGUCCCUCUCCGCCUCCGCGCCCCACUCCGCCUCCGCCUCCCGCUCAGCCUCAUCUUGACGCUCCGAGUAUAAAGAUUACCUGGUGUUCUUUGGGUGUUACCUGAUUCUUAUCUGGAUGUUCCUAACAAGGAUCACAGAGAUUUUUUUCCCUCGAUUAAGCGUCUCCAUGAUUCGGCCUCAAUUGGGAUUUUCGCACCGGAACCUCAUUCGAAGAGUUCACAAGUACUCCUCUGCUGCUCUUUCGACAAUUCGAGAUGACCCCUUGGUCGAUUCCGUAGAGAGAACUAGCAAAACUUCACAGGUUAACCAGUUCAGCUUUUGCACUGUGAGAAGCCCGACCCUUUUCCCUUACAUCGCUGUCUUUGUGAAAACUUUGAAUCAUGAUAUUUUCUGUGAGAUGAAAUUUGCAAAUGUGGUGGAUAUAUAUGGCAUUUCUCAUGCAUUAGAGUCAUUCUCAAUGCUGGUUGGGAUUUUCUCGCUGGUGAAAAUGCGUAGAGAAGUCAGGCAUUUGCUUCUUGAUGUGAUGGUUUUUGACAAGGGAUUGCUUUCUGAAGUUGUGAGAUUUUCUAGUGGUUCAAUUACGCCGUUGCAAGCCUAUGGAGAUCUGAUAAAAGCUCUCGUGGACAAUUCAAUGAUUGAGGAUGCGCUAGAAUUUUGUUUGGAGGCUAUGGAAAUUGGGCUUGAAAUGGGCGUCCCUCUGUGCAAUUCUUUGCUCAAGUGUUUCGUCGAGAGGAAUAAUGUUGGGGUUGUCAGGAGUUUGUUUGAGUAUAUGAAGGUGCUGGGGCCAUCACCAAACAUUUACACUUAUACUACUAUGAUGGACUUGUACACUAAAGGCAAUACACUGGAUGUAGAUGAAGCUAACAAGAUUCUUGUAGAGAUGGAAAAUCAUGGUGUCAGGCCUAAUGCAGUAACAUAUAGCAUGUACCUUCGAGGGCUUUGUAAGAUAGGGAAGGUUGAGAGUGCUUGGGAAUUUCUUAAGGACUUGCAGCAUAGAGGACUUGAGUAUGAUAACUACUGUUGUAAUGCUGUCAUUCUUGGUUUUUGCCGUAAAGGGGAGUUGAACAAAGCAUUUACAGUAUUGGAUGAGAUGAAGAAGUGUGGCUUAUCACCUGAUGUUCAUAGCUAUAGCAUCUUGGUCGAUGGGUUUUGUAAGGAGGGCAAUGUUUCUGAAGUUUGGAAUCUCUUUGAGGAAAUGCAUAGAAGAGAAUUAAUGCCUAAUGUGAUCAGGAGAAAUGGAAAUUGCAAUAAAGUUGUUUCGUGA